UCCCCCCGCAUCAGAUCAGCAGCAGCAUCCCCCAGGCGCUCGUUCCCUCCUUCUCCUUCUCCCCCUCCCUAUCCCUCUCCACUCCCCUUCUGUUUUCCUCCCUCAUUCUCUCACAUACACAGAGGGCAGCUGCUGCUGCUGAGCUGCAAUGAAUGAGCAUCCAGCGCAGGAGCAUGCUAGCCCUUCCCGGCACUAUCGCCCAGAGCUGCCGAUGGAUCCACUAGGAAGAUUCAAGGAUUAGACGGGAAGCAAGAAAGGAAAGCUCCGCUCUUCGUCGCCAGAAAAACAAGCAAAAAAACCAGGAGAGAGUACUGAAAUCCGACAGCCUCCCCUUCCUCUCCCUCUGGGAUGAGUCAGGAUGGGUGGUCUGCAAUCCGGGAUGGGAUGCCUUGAAUGGAUCAUGCCUAACUGCAUCCAUUGUGCGAAAGAGAAGAUACAAAUCACCGCAGCCUCCACUCUGUGAGCGCUGCUGCAGCAGCAACGUUAUCCCAGGAAGGAAAAAGCCCUCAUGCCUGUCAAACCCACCACCUAUACCUGAUAGUCAAAGCUGGGCAGGAGCAACUGGUUCAAGAUGGCUAAUAGGCCCAAAAUUAGCGAGGCACUGAAAGUGGUGGUCCGCUGCCGCCCAAUGAACAGGAAAGAGGAAGCUGCUGGCUAUGAGAGAAUCUUGGAUAUGGAUGUGAAGCUGGGCCAGGUGACUAUCCGGAACCCCAAAGCCACGCCAGGGGAGCUGGCAAAAACAUUCACCUUUGAUGCUGUUUAUGACGCCAACUCCAAGCAGGCAGACCUAUAUGAUGAGACUGUCCGUCCCUUGAUAGAUUCAGUUCUACAAGGGUUCAAUGGCACUAUGUUUGCCUAUGGUCAGACUGGCACUGGGAAGACCUACACUAUGCAAGGAGUCUGGGCCGACUCUGAGAAGAGAGGUGUCAUCCCCAACUCUUUUGAGCACAUUUUCACCCAUAUCUCUCGCUCACAGAACCAGCAGUAUUUGGUCAGAGCUUCCUACUUGGAGAUCUAUCAAGAGGAGAUCAGAGAUCUCUUGGCCAAAGACCAGAGUAAGAAGAUGGAGCUCAAAGAGAACCCAGAAACUGGUGUUUACAUCAAGGAUCUUUCAUCAUUUGUGACAAAAAAUGUGAAAGAAAUUGAGCACGUCAUGAACUUGGGAAACCAGAACCGGUCAGUGGGAAGCACCAACAUGAACGAAUACAGUUCUCGCUCCCAUGCCAUCUUUGUCAUCACGGUAGAGUGCAGCGAGAUUGGCCCAGAUGGGGAAGAUCAUAUUCGGGUAGGAAAACUCAAUCUGGUGGACUUGGCUGGGAGUGAGCGGCAAAGCAAGAUGGGCACCCAGGGGGAAAGGCCAAAGGAAGCAUCCAAGAUCAACCUCUCCCUCUCUGCUUUGGGCAAUGUCAUUUCAGCCCUGGUGGAUGGCAAGAGCACCCAUAUCCCCUACAGAGACUCCAAGCUCACCCGCCUUCUUCAGGAUUCCCUUGGUGGCAAUGCCAAAACCAUCAUGGUGGCCACAUUGGGACCAGCCUCCCAUAGCUAUGAUGAGAGCUUGUCUACUCUUCGAUUUGCCAACAGGGCCAAAAAUAUCAAGAACAAACCCCGGGUCAAUGAGGACCCCAAAGAUACCCUUCUGCGGGAGUUCCAAGAGGAGAUCACACGCUUGAAGGCCCAGCUGGAAAAACGGGGAAUGCUGAGCAAGAAGAGGAGGAGAAACAGCCGGAGGAAGAAGACAUUAGAUGGGGAAGGAACCCCUGAGACUGAUGAAAUGGAGGACAACGAGGAUGGGGGUUUGGAGAAAAACAUGAAAAAUUACUUGAAGGAGCAAAAAGAAAGGUUGGAGGAGGAGAAAGCGGCUAUCCAGGAUGACCACAGCCUUGUGAAUGAGGACAAACAAAAGCUAUUGGAAGAGAAGGAAAAGAUGAUCGAGGAACUGAGGAAAGAGCAAGAGGCCACUGAACUACUAGCCACAAAAUACAAGGCAAUGGAAAGCAAGUUGCUGAUUGGUGGGAGGAACAUCAUGGACCACACGAAUGAGCAACAGAAGAUGCUGGAGCUGAAGAGGCAGGAGAUUGCAGAGCAGAAACGGCGAGAGCGGGAGAUGCAGCAGGAGAUGCUGUUGCGGGAUGAGGAGACCAUGGAGCUCCGAGAGACAUUUACCUCCUUGCAGCAAGAAGUGGAGAUCAAAACCAAGAAGCUGAAAAAGCUCUACGCCAAGCUCCAGGCUGUGAAGGCAGAAAUCCAGGACCAACACGAUGAAUACAUCCGAGUGCGACAAGAUCUGGAAGAGGCACAGAAUGAGCAGACACGGGAGCUGAAGCUCAAGUACCUAAUCAUUGAAAACUUCAUCCCCCCUGAGGAGAAGAACAAAAUCAUGAACCGUCUCUACUUUGACUGCGAAGAAGACCAGUGGAAAUUCCAACCCCUAGUGCUGACUGGAGGAGGUGGCAGCAGCAGCAGUGGCAGCGGGAACACUCAGAUGAAGAAGCGGCCAACCUCUGCAGUGGGCUACAAGAGGCCCAUCAGCCAAUACGCUCGCCUAGCCAUGUCAGUGGGCUCCCAUCCUCGGUACCGGGCUGAGAACAUCAUGUUCCUGGAACUAGAUGUCUCCCCACCAGCUGUAUUUGAGUUUGAGAUCACACAGGACCAAAGCGAACACGAUCCAAGAGCACUUCACCUGGAGAGGCUCAUGCGCCUGGAUAGUCUUUUGGAGAGACCUGCUGCAUCCCGAGUGCGGAAGUCACGGUCUUGGUGCCAGAGUCCUCGUUCUCUGCCAUCCUCAGCAACACACGUAUCCCUUGCCUCCAGCUCACAGAAACCCUCCACAACACUGGCUCACAAGUAACACCCCUUCGCACAUGGAGGACUGUGCUCCUUCUCCUGCCACUGGCUGCCUCCAAGAACAUGUGGCCCAGGGACGGGCAUUCCCUGCACUAACUCUUCUUUGUCUUUAGCUACUUCUUGUGUGUUUGCGUGUCUGUUCAGAGAUGAUGGCUUCCCUGGGGUCCAUGUCUCCAUCCUCCCUGGAUCUGUCAUUCUAUUUAUUUAACAUAUUUAUUUAUGGUGUGUCUUUGUGACAAUGUGGGGUUCCAGACUGAGCAGCAUCUCUGGUUCGUGGGGAGCACAGCACUGAUUGCUCCCCUGCCAGUGGAGUGGCUGCACAACGCACAAUGUUCCUAGAAGAAGACUGUAACUUGCCCAUCACUCCAUAGAUAUUCCCCUGAGCCUCCUGUGGCAAAUCAUUUAUUAGUGGAGAGGAAGCCGAACAAUCUGCACUGGGAGCAGCGUAGAGCUCCUUCCGCGUUCUUCAGGAUUCCAGAAUCGUGAUCUGCUUUGUUGUAUCCACUAUGCAGUUGGGCAGGACUUGGUGGCAGGAAUAUGAUCGCAUCAACCAUAGCACCUGCUUUUGCUCUUGCAAGAAGAGCACUAGUUGCUUCUUAACUUUCUGCUCACUGCUGUCAUUCACAGAGCUGGCUCCACUGUUGAACAGAAAGGGAAUGGGCACAGAUUAUGCAAGCAGCAUUUUGAGGGGUGUAAACCAAAACAUCUUUAUGAUUCUACGACACCUUCUCACUUGCCCCAGCUUCAGACAGCAGCCUUUCUCAUCCACCCAGUGACUUGAAAAACAACUCAA